AUGUGGAUUAAACGGCAUGCUGGUGCCGAAGGUUAUGAUCCAGCAUUGAAUUGUCUUCUUAAUCGAGAUGCAAUCGAGGAUCAACUUGAUAAAAUCAACAUUCCAACAUUAGUUUUACAUGGAGCGAAUGAUCGUCUAUUUCUAGCAGAAGAUGCAAAAAAGUGGAGUUCAAAAUUAUCGAAACUAUGGAAAUUCACGAUAGUAGAAGGAGGUGUUCAUCAUCUUUCAUUAACAGAACCUGGUAGUGAAGCUCUUGCUCAAUUACUUCCACAAUUUAUAAAUGAAACAUUAUAG